AUGUUAUCAUAUAGAUUAGAUAAUCCAUCAAAAGGUGAUGCAAAUGUAACCAGAACACCAGAUGGAAACUCAUAUAUAUUCCAAUAUCCAUGCAAAUCAUAUUCAGACUGCACAGACUAUGUUGUUAGUUUCCUCCCAGGAGUAUACAAAUUUGAACUCUAUGGAUCAUCUGGAGGUUCAUAUCCUGGUAUAAUAUCAACAUAUAAAAAUCCUGACGGAAAUUGCAUUGAUGCCCAAAUUGUUCAAGCACACAAUGGAAAUACACAUUGUUUAACCAAUGGCAGCCGAGGUGGCACUGGAGGCUACAUCUCUGGUAUCAUCACCAUUUCUCACCGAUUAACCUCUUAUGUGACGAUAGGAGGUCAAGGAAAUUAUUCAUAUACCCAAAAAUCAUGUGAUUGGGAAUCCGAUUUUUAUCCAGAGAAAAUGAUCAAAGGCGGUUAUGGUGGAGGUGGUUACGCAUCCAAUUGUUAUAUUGAAGAUGGGGUUGGUCGCACAGGGAGUGGCGGUGGUCAUACCGCUGUCAAAUUUCAUAAAAAUGACCUCUGGCAUCGCGUGAUUGUAGCAGGUGCUGGCGGUGGUUCAGACAACUUCCAGUUUGGUCCAUGGAAUGAGGAUGCCGAUGACGGAUCAUCUGGCGCAGGAGGCGGCUUUAUUGCCCAGGGAUAUUGGAAGGCUCAUAAUUACAUCGACGAAAGAUUGGCCAAUUCUACAUUCGGAUUCACCUUUGGAUCAGGAGAAUCUGCUCAAAAAGAUUGGUCCAAAAAUCCAGAUGGUGUUCAAGUAGUAGGUGGAUUGGAUGAUAGGCCAGGUGCCGGCGCUGGAUGGUUUGGAGGCUUCGCGUGCCAUGAUGGUAACUGCGGCGCUGGUGGAGGAAGCUCUUUUGCAUUGACGAGAGAUAACAUUGAAGAAUUAAGUCAGAAAGAAUUUACCGCACAUGACACUUUUUAUAAUAAUCCAAUCACGCAAAAGUAUGGAUUUUCAUCAAAAGAUGGAUAUAAGUUUAGUGAAGUUAAAACAGUUUCUUGUAUCUGGGAAGGCAACGGACGUCUUAUUGUCACUGUCAUAGAUCCAAUUAUUUAUCCAUCAUGUAAUAUAAUUUAUUUUGUUCAAAAUCACAAUUUUCUUUUUAUCUUUUUAUUUUUUGAUCCUAAAUAA